AUUUUUUUAGUGUUUAUUUCAGAGUUGCAUACUUAUUCAACGUUUCUUAAUAAGUGUAUUUAAUCCACAACACUAAUCUAAUUAUUAUACCUUAUACCUAUAAAAUCAAAUAUAAAUAUUCUCUUAUAAUAAAACUGUCGUGAAAUGAACACAAGCUAUACGUACAGUAAGCUGAGGCGCGAGUUCGGCCGACAGUGUUCGUUCGUUAAGUCUGGCCCAACGGCAUUGGUCAACGUGACGCCAGAACCAGGCUUAGAAGAACAACUGUGGUCACCAGAAAAUCCGGUGGACAAGAGCACAAAUAAAGGCAACGAUUGGUCAGAACACGAAGCAAACACUGUGCGCGUGGAGUAUGCUGAACGCGGGAUUUUCCACACAGAAGGUGGUUGGCCCAAAGACAUAAAUCUAGACGAUCCGGAACAAGUGGUCAGGUUCCGGAAGAAGGCGGAAAAGGACGAAACGUAUUUACAAGCGGUUAUGCAAAUGUCUAGCCUCGCCGAACACUUUAUAAAUCAAAACAAUUCGAUAGACAUUUACCAGCCAUACUUUACCGACCCGAGCUGUCAGAAGAUGCAAACGUUGGCACCGUCUUUUCGGACGGUGGCGGUGAUGUCAGACCCCCGGGAACCGACCCGACCGGUACAAAACAUAUCUUGGUCACCCGACCAGGGCACGCUGAUCGCGGUAAGCUACGCUGACAUGAGAUUCCAGAACGCCGACCCAGAUACCAGUUUCGACUCGUUCAUAUUCGACUUGGAGGACUCCACCGCUCCUUAUUUCACGAUAGAGUCACUGCAUCCGAUCGUCACGCUAGAGUUCAACCACAGGGACGCACAGUGCCUGGCUGGCGGUCUGAUGAGCGGUCAGGUCGCGUUCUGGGACAUCCGUAAGAGCUCGGCCAACGUAGCCAUCAGCAACAUAAGGGACGGUCACCGGGACCCGGUCCGGAGUCUUCACUGGAUCCAUUCCAAGACCAGCACGGAGUUUUACACCGGUUCCAGUGACGGUCAGGUCAUGUGGUGGGACGCCAGAAAACUCACAGAACCCACAGAAGUGUUGAUUUUAGAUCUGUCAAAAGGUGAAAACGUCGAAGAACCGGAAUGGACGAAAUGGGCUCGGUCUCACGGAGUGUUUUGCAUGGACUACGACCCUUCAAUACCCAUACGAUUUAUGAUAGGCACAGAGACCGGAUUGGUAUUCAACGGAAACCGUAAAGGCAAAACGGUUUUUGAGAAAAUAUCGUCCACGUAUAACUGUCACCAUGGUCCAGUGUAUUCAGUGCAGCGGAACCCGGCAUUUUUAAAAAACUUCAUGACCGUUGGUGAUUGGCAAGUGAGAAUAUGGUCGGAAGACGUGAAAGAAUCGCCUAUAAUGUGGACCAAACAUCAUGACGUGAAGUUGACUGGCGGUGCGUGGAGCGAAUCGAAACCGUCGGUUUUCUACACGACAAGGGCUGACGGUUGCAUGGACGGUUGGGACAUUUUACAGAAGCAAAAGGAUCCGAUACUCACCGUUAAGGUGGCUGACAAAGGGUUGAAUUGUAUUCGAUGUCACGAAGGUGGUGCUCUGUUAGCCGUCGGCGACGACUGCGGAAAAACCUACGUGAUCAGAAUGAACGAUUGGUUCGUCACUGCCGGAAAAAAUGAUAAAGCCCUGCUGACGGCGAUGUUUGAUCGGGAAACGAGAAGAGAAAAAAUCAUAGAGGCAAAACAACGGGAAAUAAAAUUAAAGACGAAAACGUCGGCAAAAGUUGACACCACUACGACAAAGGAUAAACAUGCCCAAUUGGCCGAAGCUGAAAUCCGAAUGGUGCAAGAAGCUGAAAAGGAAUUUAUGGAACUCAUCGACAUGACCAUGGACCAACCAUCUGAUGAAAACAACGAAAACACGGAAGAAUUAGAAAACCCAAACGAAGAUGAAGAUAGUAGUGAUCAUUUAUUAAACGAUCAGAACAUUAUUGAUGAAUAAUGGCAAAUGAUUACAAUAAUAAUAGUGUUCGGGUGAAAACAAUAAUAACAGACGUUUUUCAUCAAUCAUAAUGUAAAACAUUCUAUGCACCCAGAAAUGAUUUAUUAAUACGUCAACAUGAUAUUAUAUAUACUAUAAUAUACGUAUCAUUAUAUAUUUAUAGGAAAUUAUUUUAUAAAAAUGUACAACAAAGAUUUUUAUUUUUAUUUUUAAAAACACAACACUAAACAAGUACAAAUUUACAAUAUAAACACGGGAAAAAAUACUCAACGAUUUACCUUUAACAAAGUAAAUAUUGAUGGUAUUAAAUAUGAAUGUAUUAUUCACAAUGGUCAGCACUUUUCUAUAUUAACCAUUAAGGGCGUUGUUUUCGACUAUUUAUGAUGAAACUUUGUAUAUACGGAUAUAUGUUAUUGUAUCAUUUUCGUAUUUUUUUUUUUUGUCGGUAUAAAAAAUGUUAAGGACUUUUAUAAUACUAAAAAAAAACAAACACCAAUGACAAAUGUAAGUGAAAAUGCAACUUAUAAUUUUAAUAGAAUAUUAAAAUAUUCAUAAAUUUCAUGAAUUUUCAAACACUAAA